AUGGCAAGUACUCAACUCCCUCAUCCUCCCUCUCUUCAAUUGCCAUUCAUGAGCUCUCUGGGUCAAUAUGGAGGUGGUGGUGGUGGAAAUAUUAGUUCAAAUCUUGGUGGAUUUCAGUCUCAAAAUGAAAUGGGUAAUUUUCAAUUAGGAAGUGGGAGCUCAACUGGGAACAAUUUUAACAAUAUUUUAUCAAUUGGAGGGGUUGAAAAUUGGAGAUUGCCUUUCAUGGCUGGAUUUGAGGUACCCAGUAACAGUAAUCUAUUUCACUAUCAAAGUGAAGGUGUAGCUGAAGCACCAUCAUCAUCCAUGGGAGGAGGAGACAUACGAAUACCAAACUCUGAGAUUGAUAAUAAUCAGGUAGAUCCUCCAGUGAAGAUGGAAGACAACCGAGGCUUAAAUUUAUCAAGGCAGUUUCUUGGUGUUUCAGAAAGUACAAAUAACCAACCAUGGGGUUUUCAGAGGGAGGGAGAGAGGAUUUCUUAG